AUGGUGACCACUGACGCCCUGGACCAUGAACUAUGGGUUGUCGACGAGCUGCAUGCUUUCAGUCACGUCACUCGUUCUGAAUCAGGGAGGAUCAGAAUACACUUUACCAGAAUCAUGUCCGUUCAAGAAGAGAUCCCCAAUGGCGCAGAGGCCCUUGCGGCCGCGCCCCAAGUUGAAGAGGGUCCCAAAGUUUACGUCGGGAAUCUUUCCUACACGGCCACUGAGGAUGAAGUACGUGAAUUCAUGUCCCAAGCCGGGGGCGAGAUCACCAGCGUCGAACUUCCUCAAAGAUUCAACCGUCCCUCGGGGUACGCUUUCGUAGGGUACAAGACCCUCGAACAAGCUCAGAAAGCGGUAGAGGAGCUAAACGAGAAGAUCCGCAUGCAAGUAGCCAGGAGCAAAGAAGAAAGUGCUCAACGUCGCAAAGAAAAUCGUGAAAAACGUGCGGCUGCUAAAAAGGAAGGGGCUGAAGCAACCACCACUGAUGCUGAGGGUGAUGCCAAGCCAAGGAAGCCAAGGCAGAAGCGUGAACGUCGCCGCCAGCCUGAUGAAGGUGGGGACGAGACGUUGGUAGAGAAAGAAGGGGAGAAUGGACUAAAGUCCAAGGCUAAACCUCGUAAACCCAGGACGAAGAAGCCUGCACGUGAGGCAAGGAUCGAUGAAGUCGAAGGGGAGGUGUCUGCCGCCGAGGGACAAGUCACGACUAAGGAAAGGCCGCGCAAACCUCGAAUGCAGUUGACCGGGGAGGCCAGUCCUACUACCAUCUUCGUCGCCAACCUUCCAUUCAACGUGGACGACGCAGCACUCGCUGCCAUCUUCACCAACCUGUCCAUCCGAGUCAAAUCGGCCAAGGUGGUCCGCGGUCGUCGCAACCCUCUUGGUCGCAAAUCGUUUUUCGCGUCCAAAGGAUUCGGGUUUGUGGAAGUGGAAGAUCAUGCCCAGCAACAGGAAGCUGUCGACAAAGUUGAGGGGUGUAUGAUUGGGGAACGUAAGAUCUCGGCUAAGAUCGCUAAUCAGAUGAAGCCUGUGGAGGAGGAGCAAGUUGCAGAGGCCGAAGCUGAGGCUGCUGUCUAA